UAGAUAAAAGAUAAAAAUGCCACCGAAGAAAAAAGGCGGGUCAAAAAUGGCUCGAAUGAGCGAAGAAGAGAAAUUGCGGUAUCUUGCGCAUCGGGCGGAGAUAGAGCUCGAGGCAAAACGCCGGAAACAGCAAUUAAUUUCGGUUUUUACAAAGAAUAAAUUGAAACGGGAAGAGACAUUCGCUCGCCUCAACACAGCAAAAAUUAACGAGCAAUGGCGAUUUAUUCUUCGUCAAGUAAAGUGCAAGGAGUUGUACGAGGACCUCGAGUACCUGUGGAAGAAUUUCGAUCGAAUCUUGACCCUGAAGAAUACGAUUAUUCAAAAAUUGUAUGGAGAACUGGAAAAGGCGGAUGUCGAUCAUCGGAGGCUGCAGGAGGCGCAUAUGGAGACCAUUGACUUGUUGAUCCUGAGACAUCAAAUUAGAUUGAAAGGUCUCAAGGAUAAUUACCUUGAAGACGUUAAUCGGGUCGAGAUCGGGGAGAUUGAUGAGAUGAAUUCGGUGAAGGGAGAGUUGAGUGGAGAUUGCAAGCACCUCGAGGCCGUCAUUUUUGCGCAGAAUAAUUUUAUCGAGGGCAGACUUGCUGAGACCAAAAUGAGAAAUGCCGUCAAUACAUUCUCAAUCGAGCAUUCGAAAGACGAGGCAAUAUCGCAGAUAAAACGUACAAUAGGUGGAAAAAUCGAUGAUCUCUGGUGCAGAUUGAACCGAGUGAUAACGGAUUAUCAAUCGAAAAUGCAGAAGAAACGAAAGCAGUACGAAACCCUGAAGUCCCUGGACGAUGCCCAUCACCAAGAGGCGACAAAAUUUCCAAGGCACCAGUCGACUCUUCUGACGACGAUGGAGUCCCUGAAAAAUGAAGAGUCAAAAUUGUGGAACGAGCGAAACCACACGAUCGGCGAAUUGAAAAUUCAAUGGGAAAAUUUGAACAGUCGAAUCUGGAAAUUGAGACAGACAAUCAGAAUGGAUCAGACGAUGGACCGUGGACAGCUGAAGAAGUUGACAGUCAUGAGUGGAUCUGUCAUAAAGGAGAUGAAAAAAAUCGAGGAGAAGAGCUCGAUGAUUCUCCUUCUCAUGAGGAUCUGCACUUCGUUGGAGGUCAAACCGCUUUGCUUGAAGAAAUUCAACUGGGGCGAGGCGAAUGACGAGAGCACGUCCACUGGCGUAAUGAGUCCUUAUGACAAGUUGGAGAAUUUCUGGGAACAAUUCAAUGACGUGAAAGCAGAAGUCAUCGCUAUUAAGAGAGAGAAAAAUGUAGUCAUGGCGGAGAAUAAGAGACUGAGGGCUUCUCUGAAGACUUACUUGGUCACAGUCGCCAGAAUGCCAGGAUCUAGGCCUCAGACGUCCAUUUAA